AUGAAAUUAGCAAGUCCAACUUUUCUUAUGAGUCAAGAAAACAAUGCCCAAUUGGCUGAAAUUGGCCAAUGUCUGAAAUACACACCCUACAUGAUUGAUUCCAAUGUAUUUGAUAGAAAUGGAAUAUUAAUAGAUGAUUCUAACAUCUCCCUUGCAUUAAACCCUAAGCAGUUCAACUAUCACUUUGGAUCAAGUACUACCUGCAAGAUUGGAGAAGUACACCUUACCAUUUUUACACUAGUUACAUGAUGGCAACCAUUGAACAAGAAUAAAAUCUCCCGGAUUACAUUUCAAAUUUGUCACUCUAUGAGAUCCUCAAUCAAAUUCGCUAUGAUCAAAUACUCCAAUUUGCCAAGCCUCUGGGUAUUGAUAUGCAAAUAGUUUAAGCUUAGUGAUCGAACAACAGGAGUAGAAAUAAUUCCAAAUCAUCAACACACAAUCUAAUAAGCAAAUUGGGUUCCAACAAGUAACAAUCUCCUUCAUUAAUAUAGAAAAAAACAGAUGGACUGAUAUCCAAUUAGAUUUUCAAUAGCAAAAUCAACAACACCAGAUCGAUUAGUCCCUAACCAAUGAGUACAAUCAUCAACAAGACUCAAUCCAAGACACAAUCCCAAAAUCCCUUCGUGCAAGCAGAAUCUCAAUUCAUGAAUGAUUAAUUUAUGAACUAUAACCCCAACCUGUCCAACAUGAGUAGCAAUAGCAUAUUGAAUGAUACACCUUAGAGCAAUCAAUAACAUUAAUUGAAUAAAUGGACUGACAAGUCUAAAGAGAAGAUUCUAUUCUAAGAUAAUUACAUGAUAGAAGAAGAAACCACAAAACAAGUUAAAUAAAACACAAUUAUAAUUAAGAAAAGCGAAGAUCCUUAAUUUUUUUAGUAAUUAAAAAAUGCUAGAGUUGCAUCUCCAGCCAUUAGAUAAGUUAAAGGAUCAGGUUUAUCACCAGAACCAUAUAAUUAAAGCAAGUCCAAAUCUCCAGAAGUACUAUAAGUGAAUAUGAUCAAUCACUAUAAAAGAACUGAAGGAGGUUAAAAUGUGAAGUAAUAACCUUAAUAAUAAUAAUAAUAAUAAUAAUAACAAUAACAAGCAACAAGAAAAUUACCUGAAUAAUUUAAGAAGUUACUGAAUGAUAGUAGUAAAAGAUAAAAUAUAACUAAAGCAUUUGACUAAAAUAAUACCAAAUUUGCUCUUAUUUCAUCUGGUUCAACUACACACUAGAAAAAUCCUAGAUAAACAAAAUAAUUCGCAUUCCAAGAUUCUCUGAAUGAUCAUCAAAUGAAAGUUAUCCAAAGUGAAAAGUAAUUCACUCCCAGAGUAAAUGAAUAAGAACAAAUCAAUUAGGACUUUUAGAUGAUGCUUAGUGAGUAAUAAUCACUCCCCAGAAGCAAGAGUCAGAAUAAAAAAUAAGAUGAGAAAUAGAAUGAAAAUAUUCACUAAUAGCAUCAAAAUUUUAAAGAUCAAUUCUCCUUUAAAGCCUAAUAGUAUAGAUAGGAAUUACCUCAACAAAUCAUUCAAUAACAAGUUGUGGAAUCAAGAUCGAUAAGAGGAAUUUCACCACAAAAUAGAUCCAUUCAAUAAUAAUUUAAGCAACAAUCCACCAUCAACCAACAGCCUCCAGUACCACCUAAUCAGCAGAAGGAACCUAUACAGAUAAAAUUGGACAUCAAGUAAUUCAUGAACUCGAACAGACCUAAGGAGCAGUAGCGAUCCAUAAGUCCAAUUUAUAGUUAGAGAUAGCAAAUAGGUAUUGAUUUAAUUGUAAAUUCAGGAGUGACUAAUGAAAACGGGAGAUCGUAUUUUGUCAAUUUGAAUUUUUAGAAGUGA